AUUAUAGCAGCAAUGGGAAAUUAAUACAGAAAGUAUCUGGGAAAUGAAUGGCUGCAUCCUGCUCCCUUUGACAUUAUUUCAAAUGCUUUUAUGAGCAAAGCUUGUCUUACCUAGCAACGGUUGUUAAGUUAGUUAACAAUUUAAUGCUAAAAUCUGGGAGAGAGUCACUGCUGACGUCUCCCCAAAUCCAGUGCCCAUACCUUUUUAUGGCUGAGGCUUUUAGUGCCAUUCUUUAACAUUAGGCACAUAACCAAUACUUAGUCAUGGUAAAUCAUUUCAUCCUCAGCAGCCUCUAGCAUUGUACUAAAAUCCUUAACUUCUUCCAUCUUUCUUAAACUUCUAGUGUCUUAAAACUACUUUUUCUGAUCCCAAUAUUAAUUUAACUGUAAAUAGAAGACAUCUGAAAUUUAACUAUGAUCAAAAAUCCAAAUUACACCAGCUUUGUUUGUUGUGCUGUUUGUAAUAAGAUAAUCCCACCAGCUCCUUUUGGGAAAACCUUUGAACGGAUCCAUGAAUAUAAGCCAUUUAAGACACGCUUUUAUACCCAUAGAGAUAUACUGGAUAUUGGGGCAGAUAUUCUGAGUAAAGAAGAGCAAUUUCAGGAGGCUUUACUCAAAGAACGUAUAGCACAAGCAGAAAUUAAAGUAUGGGCUCAGGCUUCUGAAGUCCAAAAACGAGCAGUGGAGAAAGCACUUGAAGAAGCAAAUGCCAAACACUACAUUGAAAUUCAGAUUUUGAAAGAAGAACAUCAAAAAGAUUUACAGGAAAUGGAAGCUAAAACCAAGAUAGAGAUGUAUCAAAACAUGGAUGAUGAAAUGAAGAGAGAAAACUUAGCUGCAGAACAACGCAUGGUCCACAGAAUCCAAAGGAUUAUGAUGGAGUGUCACCGGGAGAAGUUGGAGGCUGUGAGGAAAGCCAGGGCUGAGGAAAGACAGAUGGCCCGGGAAGCACUGGAGGCCCAGAAAAGCAAGGCUAUAGAGGAACUUGUGAAUACUGGUGUAACGGUUAUGAAGGAUCAGAAGAUGAAUGUGGACCAAGUGAUAAAGGCAAAAGAGCAUAAAAUGAACAUAUACUAUGGCAUGGCUCAGAGGAAGAAGCAAGAAGAGGUACAGGAAGUGCUUCAAGAAGCAGAGAAAACACAUCAGGCCACUCUUGACAACGUGAUGGAUAAACUGGUUAACACCCAGGGGGAGCUCUUGUCCAUAGCCAAACAACUGGGAAUCAUGACAAACUGGAAAGAUUUCUUGGAGGAGGAAUUACAGGAAACCAGGGCAGCAUUCCAAAAAUACAUCAAUUACACUUUUCCUAAGCUUUCACCAGGACAUGCCGAUUUCAUCCUGCCAGAAAGAAAGAAGACACCUUCCAAUCUUGUCAUUAAUGAGAACGAAACAACUCGUGAUUAAAGUCUUCAGCUGAGAUUUCACUACAAAGCACAGGAUUCCAAAGACUAGAUAAAUGUACUCAAAAACCAUUUAUUGACCCCUAGUAUUGUGCAGGGAACUAUUGGGUUGUCAUGAUUAGGUGGGAUAUUCAAAAGCAUAUUCCAGGUUACAGUGAAUGACAAGUGCAAUAGAGAGAAAGCAGGGAGAAGAGAUUAACUGAUAGGAGGGGAUAAGAUUUAUUGGAGGAAGCCUGAACACAUUUCUAUACCUGUCUGUAUUCAUUUUCAUUUAUUUCUUCAGACAUAACUAUUUUAGUGUUUGUUGCAAUUGAAAACAAGGGAUGUGUUCUUAGACUAUUCCCAUUAUUGAGAGGUAUGCUAACUUCUUUUUUUAUUUUUGUUUUUUGCUAUAGAGAAAGAGAGGGAAUGUGAGAAAUCACCUCCCCCCUCCUCAGAGGGGGUGACCAUGUCACAAUCCCUUCUCCUCCACUUUCCUCUUGGGAUUUAUGUGCACUGACACAUAUACACCCUUUGUGAUUUUUCAAGCCUCCGAGUCUGGACUUGAACUGUGUGGGAUCUGGUAGGAUCCAGGCCAUGUGGGAUCCAGUGCCUUAACAUCCAGGCCACCUGCUGGUCCAAGGUGUGCUAACUUCUAGUAAAGAGAUUUAUUUGGUGAAUUGCGGUAGCAUUCUGGGAAGAAAAGCAAUUUCCCUUCAACUUAGCACAAUGGUUUAAAUUCUGGGAUUCUCAUAUGAAAUAAUUCAGAAAGGGCUAAUUUACAUUUGCUAGUCGUCAAAGAGAAAUGUGUCUUCAGGGGUCAGACCUUCUGCUUCCAGCGAUAUAAAGUUCUCUUGUUUUUACAUUCAAACCCAGGAAUACCAUCAACUUGUCUUACAUAAGUCAGAGGCAAAAAAAAAAAAAAAAAAAAAAAAAAAUGUAGGUACCAUAAUGCUUGGGACAACACAUUAACAUUUACUAAAUUAAAAUGGGGAAAAAAAACUUUCCAUAAAGACUGUUCCAAAAAUCUAUCCACUAUAAAGCAACAUCCUUAAGUUGUUAAUCAACAACCUACAUUGGUUGCUUAAAAAUAAAAACUGGGAAAGCAAUUUUCAAUAAAUUAGAAAGUACUAUUUCUCCAGCAAGGGGGAUUUACUUAUAUUAACCAGUCUGGAAUUUCCUAAUAGUAAAAGGAGUGAUUUGUUUACAAUUGCAUAGUAAACUAUACUCUCCUGAGUAUUUAACUUCCUGAUACUCUGCAGGACUACUGCAAUCGUAUUGAUUGGUCGUUGAAUGUCUGGAAGUAAUGACAUUCAUAUAAUGUUUUACACUGCUUUUUCAUGUAUUGGGGGAGAAAGUCUUCAAAAAGUUCAUGGAAAAUGCAUAUUCUGAAUAAACUUUAAAUGGACUUCAGAAAUUUUUUGCACCAAAAUUAAUUUGUUCUUUAUUUCCAUUUUUUCAUGAAUUUUUUUGAAGCCUCUUGGUACUUGCUUCUCACAACAGUCUAUAAGAACAGGAGUUGUUAUCCUAUUUUUUUUAACAGAUAGUAAAAUAAAAGCUACCAAGUGCUAAAGUAUUGUAUUGACAGGUGUGAGGUACUUUGAAACCAUUGAUAUUUAAUCCUCACAAUUACUUUUUUUUAGAGAGAGAUUUUUGCAAUAGGGCAUGUGU